UUAUCUUUCAAAUUAUAUCACCAAUGAUGUAGAUUGCUUUUAAUCAAACGAAACAUGCAAAACGUGAAAUCAAAGGAUGAUAAGAAAUGUAUACUUAGACUUUUAGCUUGUUUCGUAAUUACUGGAAAAUACACAAUGAAAGCAAGAAGAUUUUGUAGCUUGUGCUGACACCUGCUGGAAAGCGCAAUAAAUUUUGUUAAUGUAUCGAAAUGUGGAAAAUAUCGAUUCUUUGAAGUAUAUCGAAGACGCCUCAACUUUCUUGUUUUCCCGCGUAAACUGUUACGAAUGUGUACCGGUUGCAUUCAGUCGUGUUUGUGUAUACAAAUUUUAUAAUCGUCAAGAUAUUUGUAAAAAUAUUUAUAAAUAAUAUUGUGUUAAAACAGUAAGAUUAUUCGGAAAAGAUGGAUAUUGAUCGAGAUCAAAGAUUAGAAGAGAUACAAAGAGAGUAUAUGGAUUUUUUAGAUGAUAUGGAAGAUCAAGGCAUUUAUACUACUCUUGUUAAAAAUAUGAUUGAAGAAAACAAUCGCAGACUAUAUGUAAAUGUUAACGAUUUACGAAGAAAGAAUCCUAUUCGUGCAUCGAGUCUAUUAAAUAAUUCUUUUGAAGAGCAUCAAGCUUUCCAAAAUGCAUUAAAGCAAUUUGUUGCAAGCAUUGACACAGAGUAUGCAAAACAAAAUAUAGAUUUUUUUAUAGCAUUUGAAGGAAGUUUUGGAAAUAAACAUGUUACACCAAGAACCCUCACAUCACGCUUUUUAGGUAACUUGGUGUGCGUAGAAGGUAUUGUUACAAAAUGUUCCUUGGUACGUCCAAAGGUUGUGAGAAGUGUUCAUUAUUGCAGUGUAACACAUACAGUAAUUGAACGAACAUAUACUGACUUCACUUCAUUUGAAGCAUUUCCACAGUCUGCUGUGUACCCAACUACAGAUGAAGAUGGUAAUCCAUUAGAAACAGAAUUUGGUCUUUCUACAUACAAAGAUCAUCAAACAUUAACAAUUCAAGAAAUGCCAGAAAAAGCACCAACUGGUCAGCUACCAAGAAGUAUAGAUGUUGUAUGCGAUAAUGAUUUAGUAGAUGUUUGUAAACCUGGAGACAGAGUUCAGAUUGUUGGAAGCUUCAGAUGUCUACCUGGUAAACAAGGAGGAUAUACAACAGGAACUUUCAGAUCGAUCUUAAUUGCUAACAAUAUCAUGCAAUUAAGCAAAGAAGCUAAUUUAACUAUUUCUCAUGAUGAUGUUGCUAAAUGUAAAAAACUUGCAAAAAACAAUCCUUGUAAAAAUAUCUUUGAACUACUUGCUAGAUCACUAGCACCUUCCAUUCAUGGUCAUGAUUACGUGAAGAAAGCAAUUUUAUGUUUAUUACUUGGUGGUGUUGAGAAAUUAUUACCUAAUGGUACAAGAUUAAGAGGAGAUAUUAAUGUUUUGCUCAUUGGUGAUCCAUCUGUUGCAAAGUCGCAGCUUUUGCGCUACGUUUUGUGUACAGCUCCAAGAGCAAUACCAACUACUGGCAGAGGAUCAUCUGGUGUGGGUUUAACAGCCGCAGUUACUAUAGAUAAUGAGACAGGAGAACGUCGGCUUGAAGCUGGGGCUAUGGUAUUAGCGGAUCGCGGAAUUAUUUGUAUAGAUGAAUUUGAUAAAAUGUCAGAUAUUGACAGAACAGCUAUUCAUGAAGUGAUGGAACAAGGAAAAGUAACAAUUGCUAAAGCUGGAAUACAUGUUAGCUUAAAUGCAAGAUGUUCAGUACUGGCAGCUGCAAAUCCAGUUUAUGGAAGAUACGAUCAAUAUAAGACACCAAUGGAAAAUAUCGGACUCCAGGAUUCAUUGCUUUCACGUUUCGAUUUAUUAUUUGUUAUGCUAGACAUUGUGGAUUCUGAACAAGAUCAAAUAAUCAGUGAUCAUGUUGUUAGGAUGCAUAGGUAUAGAAGUACAAAAGAAAAAGAUGGAGAGGCACUACCUCUAGGCAGUAAAGUAGAUAUAUUAAGUACAAAAAAUCCAGAUCAAAUCCUUCCUGAUGAAAAUGACACUCAAAUUUAUCAAAAAUAUGACCCCUUAUUGCAUGGAUUAUUGCAAUCUAAAAGCGAUCAAUUAUUAACUAUAAGUUUUAUGAGGAAAUAUAUUCACAUAGCUCGUUGUAUGAAACCAAAGCUUACAGAGGAAGCUAGUGAAGUAAUUGCUUCCGAAUAUUCGAAAUUACGAUCUGAAGAAUCAAUAAGUUCUGAUGUAGCAAGGACUCAACCAGUAACAGCUCGUACUUUAGAAACAUUGAUUCGAUUGUCUACUGCACAUGCAAAGGCUCGUUUAUCAAAAAACGUUACCGCAGAUGAUGCGCAUGCAGCAAUAGAAUUAGUAGAAUUCGCCUAUUUCAAACGAGUUCUGGAAAAAGAAAAGAAGAAACGAAGGCGACAUGAUAGCGAAGAAAGUGCAGGUGGAGACGAGGAGAACGAAAACAAGAAGAAACGUACAAAGAAGAGUAACGCGGGAGAACAAGAUCCAUAUGAUUUUGAAAGCGAUGAUGACAGCCACAUUGAUGAAGCUGCAAGAAGAAUUACUAGGUCGCAAAUGAAAUCGACUGAUUCAAGUCAGCCAUCAGCACCAGAUUCUGAUCAAACUGUAGAACCAGAAGCUACUGCAGCUAUCACUGAAGAAAGAUUGAAGGUUUUCAGAGCACUUCUUCAUAAGUUGUUUCAACAACAAAGGGCGCAAUCACUUUCAUUAUCAACAGUACGCGAAUAUAUCAAUACUCAACAAAGUCAAGAAUUUACAUCGAGCGAAAUUACCGCUGCAAUUAAUAAAAUGUCUGAUGCAAAUCAAAUUAUGGCCGCAGAUGAUAAUAUCUUCCUUAUGUAAAAUGUAUUUGGUACUGUAAGUUAUCCUGUAUUUUUUACAUUAAGGAUAAUUGUAAAUUUGUUAUGAACGUAUUUAUCGUUAAAAAACAUUCAAGUGCAUAUCUAUAUUCCAGUUAAAUUAUACUUUUACUAUUUAAAAUUUAUAUUAUAUGUAUAAGUACUUGAUACAUUUUAUAUUUUCAUAAUUGACAAUUCAUAAAAAUGGCUGAUCUAUCUCUUUUUUUUGUAAAAUAAAGAGAGAGUUUAAUAUAAUUGGAAAUAUUUAUAUCUAUUAACAUUUAUUAUCUCUCCAUAUUACAGUACAGCACAUUGGCACGUAAACUAGCAACAGUUAUCAACAUUCAUUACAAUAUCGUAAACAAUAUUGUUUAUAUUUCUAAGUCUUUGUUUUGUAUAUAUAUAUAUUUAUAUAAAAUCAACCCAUAUCACAUAGAUAUAAAUAGUUGUGCUGUCUCAUUUAAAUAUAUAUAUAUAUAUAUAUGUAUCUAAUAUUUAGGCAUUUUUUACAUAACUUGUUCUAUCCGCGUUUUUAUACCGUUAAAAAAGUUCUUAAAUUUGUAACGUCAUAAAUUUUCACUGUAUACUAGCUGUCAUAAAUUUUUGUAAUUAUCUUGAACAUAUGGUAUUUCUAGAACUGCCUGAUCAAGUUUUAAAAAACCUUGCUGUAUAAUAUUUAAUUUUACAUAAUCAUAUUGUUUGAAAUUAUGUAUGUUGAUUUGUAUUUACAGGUCUAAUAUUUGAUUUGAAUAUACAUCAAUGAUAAUAUUGUAACAUAAUA